GUUAAAGAGGAGAGAACAUUAGCCCUGGGUCCCUGGGUUCCUUUGGUGCUCUUCCUCUUUCCCUCUGGGCCUCUCUUGGCCUCCUUGGUUGAGGUAGGGGGAGGUAGUUUUAUAGUUUACAGUAUUAUAACUAUAAUACUAUUGUAAUAGCUAGUUACAAUAGCUAGCCCUGUGACCUUGGAUUGGCUACUUAACCUCUCUGAGUCUCAGUUUUCUCAUCUGUAAGAUGGAGAUAAUGGCGAUUCUCAUUUUGCAGAACUGUUGGAACCGUAACCGUGGAAAUGUUUGUGAGUACCUGUCUUGCAUCAGGGGCUCAAUAAAAAUGGGCGUAUUUUCUUCCUGGAGAGCCCACUGUACCCUUUCCUUGGGUUCAAGACCUGGAGCCCUGUCCAUUUAUCUUAUUGUUUGUUUGGCCCCAGAGGCCCGCUGCACUUCUUUCGGGGCAUUGGUAUUUCAUCCUUAAAAGAGUUUUGCUGGCCGGGCGCCAAGGCUCUGCCUGUGAUCCCAGCAGUUUGGGAGGCCGAGGCGGGCGGAUCAUGAGGUCAAGAGAACGAGACCAUCCUGACCAACAUGGUAAAACCCCACUCUACUAAAAAUACAAAUCUUGGCUGGGUUUGGUGGCGUGUGCCUGUAGUCCCAGCUACUCAGGAGGCUGAGGCAGGAGGAUCACUUGAACCCGGGAGGCGGAGCUUACAGUGAGCCUAGAUUGUGCCACUGCACUCCAGCCUGAUGACAGAGCGAAACUCCGUCUCAAAAAGAUAAAAAAAGACUUUUGCUGAAGACCCAGCCUGACGUCACAGAGCUCACAGUCUCACAGGAAAAUAGCAUAGCCCUGGUGAAGCAUGCUGGCUCUUCUGUCACCUGCACCGAGUGGGAGCAGCCAGAGGUAGAGAUGGGGCUCUGAGGAGGCAGCAUUUGGUUUGACUCCUGCAGGCUAGUGCAGUGUUGGAAAGGAGUGAGGAGCAGGCAGAAGGGCACCUGGAGAGGUUUGUGAGGUGCUGGGAGGGCAGUGAGAGCCCCUGCGGCCACCUCAGCUCCCACCCCCACAGUCUCAGAAGUACCCUCGUCUUCCAUGGCCCCUCUGACUGUGGCUGCCCUGCCUCCAAAUCUCAAGCCUCAGGACUUCCUUGCGGGUGGCAGGUGCUUUCAGAAUGGAUGCCCUUCUGCCUAGUGUGUCCCCUGCUGGCACAGUAGGGGGCCGGCAUGCUUCGUGGCCCCUGUGAUGGUGGACUGGCAUGCACACAUCCUUCAGCAGUGUCCUGCAAACAUCCAGGGAGAGGGCAGGAGGCACCAGGUCAGAAAUAGGAGGUGAGGAGCAUGGGCAUCCGCAUCAGGAAAGACUUCCUCUCUAAAAUCCCCACCCGAGGCCAUCACGGCCUGCAUUUUGUGUGAAUACUCUUCUGAAUGUUAUAAAAUGUCAGUGGGGGAGAAAAGCUUGAGGGUAGCCUUGCUAAAGCUUCAGUUUGAUCCUGUGACUGGCUACUGAGUUGUGAUGGUACCAAGGACACAGGAGGUGACUUCUUUCUUUAAGAACUUGGUCAGUGAGCAGAUCAACACUAGACAGGUGACAGAUGCUGUGACCAGGGGAAGCACAGGGGCCAUGUGCCUCCUGGAGGAGGUGGCUCUUGAGCUGGUAUUGGUCAGGCAUCUUCUGCUUAUUAGUCGUGGGCAGCUGUAUGAUUUCCUGUGGCUUCUGUUGGAAAGUCCCACAGACCUGGUUGCUUAAAGUAGCACAAAUUUAUUCUUUUCCAGUUUGGGAGGUCAGAAGUCCAAAGUCUGCUUUCCCUGUGGUGGCCAGGUGGCUCCUGGGGCUCUGAGCUGGCGUUGUGUGGGCAGCUGUGGGCACUGGAGGAGAGACAGCCUGGGCUCCAGUCUCCUGGGGAAGAUGGAUGGCUCAGUGUGGGUCAUGUGUUCCUCCUUGAAUCAAUCACUGCAGGCCUUUGGCUGGAAUUGGAGAGCAGCCCUCCCCACACGUGGAAUUGGGUGAGGGUCCUCCACAAAACAAGGGCGGUUGAGUGACAAAAAUGGCGCACAGAGAACAAAAAGCAACAAACCAACUUGUGUGCCUGCUGGAUUCACACAGGACCAGACUGACUGUGGUCUGCUGAGGAGUACCUGGCUCACAGGCAGCAUCUGGGUCCAUUGUGGGUGAAGGCAGGACCCUGGGCCAAGGCCCUGGGGUCCAGGGGCAUCCCAGGCUACCUGGCCAUGUUCUCUCGGUUCCCACACAGGCCAGGAGCAUGGAGGGGUGAACCAUUAGGACGACUCUUCUCAAAUGCUGUGGUCUCAGACACCUUUACCCAAAGCACUUUUGUUCACAAUUCAACCUUUUCCUGAGGUUCAGAUCUUUGGAUUCUGUGUUGGCUAGAGAAGAUUUAGAUCGUGGUCUGGCUGGAUGAGAUCGGAUAACACUCAAAAUGGGCCAGGUCCCACCAAGAAACUGAGAGCACGCCAGCCUGUGAAGGAAUCAGCAGCGUUCCAGUGUGUCCUGAAGUGGCUGGACGGACCCAUCAUUAGGCAGGGCAUGCUGGAGGCACUGUCAGAGGUUGAAUGCCAUCUGCGAGUAUCUUUCUUUGAUGUCACUUACCGGCACUUCUUUGGGAGGACGUGGAAAACCACAGUGAAGCCGACAAAGAGACCGCCGUCCAGGAUCGUCUUCAAUGAGCCUUUGUAUUUUCACACAUCCUUAAACCACCCUCAUGUCGUGGCUGUGGUUGAAGUGGUCGCUGAGGGCAAGAAACUGGAUGGGACCCUCUACACGUCGUCCUGUGGGUUUGGAAUCCUUCAGAUCUUCAGCAGCCAGCCAGAAUCUCCUACUUCUGCUCCCCAGGACAAACGGUUGCGGCUGUACCAUGGCACCCCCAGAGCCCUCCUGCACCCGCUUCUCCAGGACCCCGCAGAGCAAAACAAACACAUGACCCUCAUUGAGAACUGCAGCCUGCACUACACGCUGAAGCCACACCCGGCCCUGGAGCCUGUGUUCCACCUUCUUCCCGAGAACCUUCUAGUGUCUGGUCUGCAGCAGAUCCCUGGCUUGCUUCCAGCUCAUGGAGAAUCCGGCGAUGCUCUCCGAAAGCCUCGCCUCCAGAAGCCCAUCACGGGUCACUUGGAUGACUUAUUCUUCACAUUGUACCCCACCCUCGAGAAGUUUGAGGAAGAGCUGCUGGAGCUCCUCGUCCAGGACCACUUCCAGGAGGGAUGUGGCCUGCUGGACGGUGGUGCCCUGGAGAUCCUGGAACGGCGCCUGCAUGUGGGCGUGCACAACGGUCUGGGCUUCGUGCAGAGGCCGCAGGUGGUUGUGCUGGUACCCGAAAUGGACGUGGCCUUGACGCGCUCCGCCAGCUUCAGCAGGAAAGUGGUCUCUUCUUCCAAGACCAGCUCUGGAAGCCAAGCUCUGGUUUUGAGAAGCCGCCUCCGCCUCCCGGAGAUGGUCAGCCACCCUGCGUUUGCAGUCGUCUUCCAGCUGGAGUACGUGUUCAGCAGCCCUGCAGGAGUGGACGGCAAUGCAGCCUCGGUCACCUCUCUGUCCAAGCUGGCGUGCAUGCACAUGGUCCGCUGGGCUGUUUGGAACCCCUUGCUGGAAGCUGAUUCUGGAAGGGUGACGCUGCCUCUGCAGGGUGGGAUCCAGCCCAACCCCUCACACUGUCUGGUCUAUAAGGUCCCCUCAGCCAGCAUGAGCUCUGAAGAGGUGAAGCAGGUGGAGUCGGGUACAGUCCGGUUCCAGUUCUCGCUGGGCUCAGAAGAACACCUGGACGCACCUGCAGAGCCUGUCAGCAGCCCCAAGGUAGAGCGGCAACUUGCGGGGAAACCACCCACGUCCCCUUCCAGCCCGCCGGCACCAGCACCUCGAGGUCUCACUGCCCUACAGGACUCGCCUGUGGGACCAGGGCUGUCGCUUUCCCAGCUGGUGGCCUCCCCACAGUCCCGGACUCGGCACUGCUUGGCCAGGCCCACUUCCCAGCCACCCCAUGGCUCUCAGGCCUCCCCAGCCCAGGCACAGGAGUUCCCGUUGGAGGGUGGUAUCUCCCACCUGGAAGCCGACCUGGGCCAGACCUCCCUGGUCCUCGAAACAUCCAUCGCUGAACAGUUACAGGAGCUGCCGUUCACGCCUUUGCAUGCCCCUAUUGUCGUGGGAACUGAGACCAGGAGCUCUGCAGGGCAGCCCUCGAGGGCCUCCAUGGUGCUCCUGCAGUCCUCUGGCUUUCCUGAGAUUCUGGAUGCCAAUGAACAGCCAGCCGAGGCAGUCAACCCUUCAGACCCUGUGACGUUUAACCCUCAGAAGGAGGAAUCGGAUUGUCUACAAAGCAACGAGAUAGUGCUACAGUUUCUCGCCUUUAGCAGAGUGGCCCAGGACUGCCGAGGAAUGCCAUGGCCAGAGACUGUGUAUUUCACCUUCCAGUUCUACCGCUUCCCGCCCGCAGUGACGCCACGACUGCAGCUGGUCCAGCUGGAAGAGGCCGGGCAGCCCAGCUCUGGCGCCCUGACCCACAUCCUUGUGCCUGUGAGCAGAGACGGCGCCUUUGAUGCUGGGCCUCCUGGCUUCCAGCUGAGGUACAUGGUGGGCCCUGGGUUCCUGAAGCCUGGCGAGCGGCGCCACUUCACCCGCUACCUGGCCUUGCAGACCCUGCAGAUCGAUGUCUGGGACGGAGACUCCCUGCUGCUCAUCGGCUCUGCCGCCGUCCACAUGAAGCAUCUCCUCCGCCAAGGCCGGCCGGCUGUGCAAGCCUCCCACGAGCUUGAGGUUGUGGCGACUGAAUACGAGCAGGACACCGUGGUGGUGAGUGGAGACGUGCUGGGGUUUGGCCGCGUCAAGCCCAUCGGUGUCCACUCAGUGGUGAAGGGCCGGCUGUACCUGACCUUGGCCAAUGUGGGUCACCUAUGUGAACAGAAAGUGAGAGAUGCUAGCACAUUGCCACCGUCCAGGUCUCGGGUCAUCUCAAACGAUGGAUCCAGCCGCUUCCCUGGAGGCAGCCUCCUCACUAGUGGAAGCUCAAGGCGAAAGCGGGUGGUGCAAGCACAGAAGCUGGCGGAAUUGGACAGUGAACUGGCUGCCAUGCUGCUGACCCAUGCCCAGGGUGGCAAGGGGCCCCAGGACAUCGGCCGUGAGGUGGAUGCCACCCGCAGGCGCAAGCUGGAGCGGAUGAGGUCUGUGCGUCUGAAGGAGGCCGGGGGAGCAUCGGGCCGGCGUGGGACCAGCGUGCUGGCCCAGCAGAGUGUUCGCACACAGCACUUUCGGGACCUACAGGUCAUUGCUGCCUACCGGGAACGCACAAAGGCCGAGAGCAUCGCCAGCCUGCUGAGCCUGUCCAUCACCACGGAGCACACACUUCAUGCCACGCUGGGGGUCGCCGAGUUCUUCGAGUUUGUGCUUAAGAACCCCCACAACACACAGCACACAGUGACUGUGGAGAUCGACAACCCCGAGCUCAGUGUCAUCGUGGACAGUCAGGAGUGGAGAGACUUGAAGGGUGCUGCUGGCCUGCACACACCAGUGGAGGAGGACAUGUUCCACCUGCGUGGCAACCUGGCCCCCCAGCUCUACCUGCGCCCCCACGAGACCGCCCACGUCCCCUUCAAGUUCCAGAGCUUCUCUGCGGGGCUGCUGGCUGUGGCGCAGGCCUCUCCUGGGUUGAGCAACGAGAAGGGCAUGGAUGCCAUGUCACCUUGGAAGUCCGGCACAGUGCCCACUAAACACGCCAAGGUUUUGUUCCGAGCGAGUGACGGCAAGCCUAUCGCUGUGCUCUGCCUGACCGUGGAACUGCAGCCCCACAUGGUGGACCAGGUCUUCCGCUUCUAUCACCCAGAACUCACCUUCCUGAAGAAGGCUAUCCGCCUGCCGCCCUGGCACACGCUUCCAGGUGCUCAGGUGGGGAUGCCUGGUGAGGACCCCCCAGUCCACGUUCGCUGCAGCGACCCAAACAUCAUCUGUGAGACCCAGCACAUGGGCCCUGGGGAGCCACGGGACGUGUUUCUGAAGGUAGCUAGUGGUCCAAGCCCAGAGAUCAAAGACUUCUUUGUCAUCAUUUACUCGGAUCGCUGGCUGGCGGUGCCCACACAGACGUGGCAGGUGUACGUCCACUCUCUGCAGCGUGUGGAUGUUUCCUGCGUCACAGGCCAGCUGACCCGCCUGUCCCUUGUCCUUCGGGGGAUGAAGACAGUGAGGAAAGUGAGAGCUUUCACCUCGCACCCCCAGGAGCUGAAGACGGACCCCAAAGGUGUCUUUGUGCUGCCGCCUCGGGGGGUGCAGGACCUGCAUGUUGGCGUGAGGCCCCUCAGGGCUGGCAGCCGCUUCAUCCACCUUAACCUGGUAGAUGUGGAUUGCCACCAGCUGGUGGCGUCCUGGCUCGUGUGCCUCUCCUGCCGCCAGCCGCUCAUCUCCAAGGCCUUUGAGAUCACAUUGGCUGCGGGUGAAGGGAAGGGCGUCAACAAGAGGAUCACCUACACCAACCCCUACCCCUCCCAGAGGACAUUCCACCUGCACAGCGACCACCCGGAGCUACUGCAGUUCAGGGAGGACUCCUUCCAGGUUGCGGGUGGAGAGACCUACACCAUCGGCCUGCAGUUUGCGUCUAGUCGGAGAGCUGGGGAGGAGGAGAUCCUGAUCUACAUCAACGACCAUGAGGACAAAAACGAAGAGGCGUUUUGCGUGAAGGUCAUCUACCAGUGAGGGCUUGAGGGCGACGUCCUUCCCAUCAGCCCAGCUGGGGUCCGUCUGUGCCCUGCUGCCCUCUCUGACCUCAGGGCCCACCCGGCUGACCUGUGCCUGUGGCUGAGAGACCGAGCGCUGGUCAUUUUGUAGCACCUGCGUCCACCGUCACUGCUGCCAACACCCAGCAGUCCUGGGUUCCGUGAGCGUGAAUUUGUGGCUGCGGCCCUGGCUCUGGUGCUGCCGUCCACGCACCUGGGACCCACAUUAUCUCUGUUGCUCAAAAUAUAUUUUAUGAAUCAUUCUAAGUGACAAAAUUAUGUUUUUCUUACUACUGGAUUUUGUACACACAUAAUCUAUUAUUUGCUAUGCAAUAUUUUAUGCUGGUGUCAUAUCUUUUUUAAAUUGUUGAACAAAAUACUAAACUUUUACACGCCUUCC